GUCAGGUUGUAAAUUUGUAGAUGCACUGUUUUCUUUGUUUUGAAUGACUUAUAAGUUUUUAGAUUUGUGUCUUAGUAGCUUUUUGUUUUUACAUAUCUUAUACCUCUUGCUAUAGAUUUGUGUCUUAAGGAUUCAUGUAUUGGUUACAUUUGUUGCAGCUUAUGAGAAACAAAUUGAUCUUGUUUGAAUAUGACAAUCACUAAGUUUGUAGAAUUGAAGAUGGACAAUGAGAGUAGAUUUAAGGGGAAGAAGUCAAGACCAAAGUUUGUCUCAGUCUCCGAAUUCCAUUGAGUGCCAUGACAUUGUUGGUGUUGAUUCCGAAAAGAGAAAGACAUCGAUGGUGAUGACUCUGGUAUAAAAAGAUUUAGGGUAAUGAUAACGUUGUAAAUUUUGCCUCAGCAAACUAUCUUGGGCUUAUAGGUCAUCAGAAGUUACUUGACUCAUGUUCAUCUGCUUUAGAGAAAUAUGGCGUUGGUUCUUGUGGUCCCCGUGGGUUUUAUGGAACAAUUGAUGUCCAUCUUGAUUGUGAAGCGAGAAUAGCAAAUUUUUAGGAACACCUGAUUCAAUUCUGUACUCUUAUGGACUUUCGACCAUGUUCAGUGCUAUUCCCGCAUUCUCUAAAAAAGGAGAUAUAAUUGUGGCAGACGAGGGAGUCCACUGGGGAAUACAAAAUGGCCUUUAUCUUUCUAGAAGCACAGUCGUAUAUUUUAAGCACAAUGACAUGGAUUCUUUAAGUAAAACUUUAGAGAACAUUACUUCCAAAUAUAAGGGGACAAAAAAUUUGAGGCGAUAUAUUGUCGUUGAAGCUCUCUACCAGAAUUCUGGCCAAAUAGCACCCUUAGAUGAGAUCAUUAAAUUGAAGGAAAAAUAUCGUUUUCGUAUUUUAUUGGAUGAGAGCAACUCGUUUGGUGUACUUGGAAGUUCUGGAAGAGGUCUCACCGAACACUAUGGAGUACCAGUUGAGAAAUUAGAUCUUAUAACUGCUGCUAUGGGACAUGCAUUGGCCACAGAAGGAGGAUUCUGCACCGGAAGUGCAAGAGUUAUUGAUCAUCAACGGUUGAGUAGUUCUGGCUAUGUCUUUUCUGCUUCUUUGCCUCCAUAUCUUGCAAGUGCUGCAAUUACAGCUAUUGAUGUCCUUGAUGAAAAUCCCAAUCUGUUAACAAAAUUGAAGAACAACAUUGCUGUGUUAUGGAAAGGGCUGUCGAGAAUACCAAGCUUCACAAUCGCAAGUCAUCCAGAGUCACCAAUUGUUUAUUUGAGAUUAAAGCAGUCAACAGGUUCUUUGAAAGAUGACCUACAACUGCUUGAAAAUAUUGCCGAGCGAACUUUGAAAGAAGAUUCUGUAUUUGUGGCGGCUUCAAGAAGAUCAACAUUGGACAAGUGUAAAUUGCCUGUAGGAAUUAGAUUGUUUGUUUCUGCAGGGCAUGAAGAGUCUGAUCUUCACAAAGCAUCUGAAUCAUUGGAAAGGGUUGCCGCAAUAGUCCUUGGCGGUCGUAAUUGAAAGUUGUACUGUACACCUCUCUUUCUUUUCAUGUUCCAAAAUGUCAAUUCUAUUCAACUCUUAGCCGAGAAAUUUUGAAAUCCAGGCAGAUAAAUGAAGUUCUGUAGUUGGUAAUUUAUGUAAUAUUUUCCGGGCUAGCUUAGGGUAACAAUUUUUUUGGGAAUGCUAUUCUUUGAUAUGCGUUGAGUGGUGGAAUAAGGAUUUAAGUUUCUAAUCAUCAUCUGGGAAAUGCUUAUAAAUUAUAUUAGGCUUAAUUUUCUUUUUGUGUUGACUCCUUGUAUAUCAAUUUCAAUGUUACAUUAUUAUUUCA